AUGGUUGUGCUUCUCGAUCUGAAAGCUGGCUUUGACUCUGUGGACCGUCAGGCACGAUGGCAGUGUCGGUGGAGCAAGCAAGUCCCCCAUAAAUUUUUGAGCCUCCUUAAGGCGCUGUGCACCAACUCCCGCGGCCGUGUGAAGGUCUACGGGAAGCUCUCUUGUGAGUUUACCACAUCAUGUGGUAUCAGACAGGACUGUCCUCUUUCACCGUUCCUCUCCAACUUCGUCAUUAAUACAAUCAUGGAAGACUCACUAUCAGCCUCUAAUGCCUGUGGGGUCGAAGUGCCCCCAGGGCGUCCACUCACAGAUAUCGAGUACCCUGAUGACGUAGCUCUUCAUGGACCUGACCCGUGCCUAUGUUCGUCCAGCAUCGUACCGCCUUCGGCAUUUCAACAGGCGGUGUGCAUUUGUUCAUUCGGACAAGACAUUGCUAUAAUGUACAGUAAUGUAACGGAUUUCCUUUUUCCUCCAAAGCGCAAUCGCUCGGAUGAAGACGAAGUAUUAGGGGAAGAAGAUUUGGUUAAAGUUUGUCCUGUCAAGUGGGAGGAACACAAGGUUGACCUCAUAAAUCAGGAACUCGACUCCUUGGACGACGCAGAUGUUUUUUCUCAAGUGCAAUCAUGUGUGCAUUCAAAAGGCGGUCCAGGAAGCGAACUUUCAGAGAAUUGCAGCAAGCCACUAAUGCCACCCUUUUCCACGGUGUAUCCGCGUUCAGGCUGUUUAUCACCUAGAUACUGCGUCUAUCUUCCAUCUAAGGUUGACUUGUCCGUGUCUUCGGAUGACAAACAAAUGCCUGUCGCCGAACGUCCUAUUCAGCCUCUGAGUCAGCGUAAUACCAUCAACCCGGUAAUAGCACAAGAUGCACGACUGGAAACCACUGUUCUCGAGCAAAUUGCACAGUUGCGUCAGCAAGGCGUUUGGUCUGCUGGACGCCUGCCAAAAGUCAUGGAACCUGUACCUGAGUACACCUGGAAUGAUUGUUUUUUGGAAGAGGUCACGUGGAUGGCAGUAGACUUCUGCGAGGAACGCAAAUGGAAGAUGAACAUGGCUCGCAACUUAGCUGAAGCUGCUCGGAAUUAUCUAGUCCUUCGCCUAGAAUGGAAUCGCCAAUGCCAGUUGGCUGAGGAACUGUGUCGUAAGCGCAAUGCCGCCUACGUUGCAACUAUUGUUCGGGAUUGGUGGAGACAUGUUAAUGAGUUAGCUGAAGCUGCUCGGAAUUAUCUAGUCCUUCGCCUAGAAUGGAAUCGCCAAUGCCAGUUGGCUGAGGAACUGUGUCGUAAGCGCAAUGCCGCCUACGUUGCAACUAUUGUUCGGGAUUGGUGGAGACAUGUUAAUGAGAGCUUGGAAUUCCUGAGGGAAAGUGCGAACCGUCAGCAUUCUGCGCAGCUCUCGAAACUAAAUAAAUUGGCGCUCACCACAUGUUCAGAUCUCGGACCAUCAUGGGUUGCUCGGGUUCCAUACGAAGUCUCACCUUUCUUUGAAUGGCCACGGUCUUCGAGCCCUGAUUUUAAAGCCUUACGAAGUGACGGGGAUUCGCAUGACAGUGACUGGCUUCCUGGUCCUCACAGCAGCGAGUCUGACUCUGAUGAACCUCACAGCCGGUCAACGAGCAGCAGCCGCGCCGCAAGCUUUGUUGAUGACAGCGAUGCCAGUGUUUUCGGGCAUGAAGAAUCCACGUUUCGCGAGCGGAGGUCUGACGGUCGAACCCUGAGGACAACUGAUCCGAUGACGUCUACGCUGAAACUAGAAGCAGUUCACCAACAAGAACAGAUAGCGCAGAAUAACACAGUGCUUAAAUCCCAAGAGGACAGCCUUAAUGCCUCACCUGUUGUGGAGCGUACGGAACUUGAGGCUCUGAUCUUGGAAGCUGCUCUCCCUCUCCAUCAGUUACUUUCGGCUCGCAAUCAACUACAACGUUUGGAAGAUGACAUGGGCCGAUCCACUGCGUCACCCGGAAUUCAAUUGUCUUCUAAACCAAUGAGCCCGGAAUCUUUCUUUGCAGAUGCCGAAUCUGACGACGAAAAUUCGGAAGUAGUCCUGUUGAAAACUGACGCUGAGAACUCCCUUGACGGUAUUUUACCUCCUGGCUACCUGGAUUCUGAUAAGCAUAUAAUCCCGGGUGAACACAACGGUGCAUCCCAUCAUAGUAUGAUGGACACUCAUAAUGACCAUCCCAAUGAUCUAGCUGACUCACAGAAUGGGGGCAUCUCGGAGACUGAUUGUGUCAACGAUCUACUGGAAGACGAAGAUUAUCGAAAGACCAAACCGCAGGACAACUCUACGGGACCCGUUGACUCGCCUUGGAAUGAUGUCCAAACUCCUCUGACCAGAAUAACUAAUCCGAACGAGCUACGCUGGGCGGCACUCCAACUUUCCCCAUUGUUGAAGCCCAACGUAAAUUCGUGUUCCUCUUCUUCGGCCCUUCUAGCAACGGCAUACAGCCCGGCAUUUCGUGUUCGAUUCCUUCCAUCCACCAGUGUCGGUUCAAUCGUAACUUGGCUGCGCCAUGCUGUUUCCCGAGGAGUUCCUGGACUUCUAUUAUCGCAAAGUGCAAUCUCUGGUGACGCGGAAUUGGCCGUCGCAGCCCAUUUGGGUCAACUUCUCGUUCCUGUUGCUCACUCUUUCGAUUCAUUCUGGCCGGGAUGCUUACCAAAGCAGGUUUCAUUGAACGAGACUGGGGACUGGGGUCCGCAUCUGAUUGUAGCUCCUCGUUUAUGCAUUCCGGUUUGGCGAACUCGCCUCUCUAACUGGUGUCCUGGUCUUCGAAUAACCUGUUUGGGUGUGGGUGCAUGUGGAACAACUGCCGGAGGUGAACCAUCUGGAACAGGUCGACGUUUACGAUCUUCCGUUGUUCGGGGCGCUGUUAAUGUCUGCAUAACAAGUUAUGCGGCCAUUCUCGCUCGUCCCAGUCGGUAUUCGCGUAUUCGUUGGCAUGUUGUGGUGUUAGAUCAGGUGCAUCACCUGUUUUCGUGCAAGAAUUCUGCAGUUUCAUCCCAAUCUAUGGAACCGACACUCAAUCAAACUAGCCAUCAGUCAGAUCGUACAUCGUCCGUUGCUUCCGGUUCUUUGGAUACCCUUAUUUCAGAGUUACGCUACAGCGGACAUCGGCUGCUGAUCAGCUCGGCCACGGAUCUCCUGUCUUCUGCAUGUGGAUUUCGGUUGUUUGAAUUAAGCCGACUCCUGAUGUCUCAGUGUGCAACAGACUCUGAAGAGCAUAAACUGUGGACUGCUGAGCUGUUCAGUGCGGUAGAAGGGGUUGCACAAAAUCCCGAUAAUCAGCCCAUAAAAAGAGAGCGACCGUCCAAGAAACAGCUGAUCAAAUUUUUGGAGCCAUUCGUCCUGCGCUUAGAGGAAGAGUACGAGUCUGGUGACGAAAAGGUUGUUCACUGUCCAAUGACUGCUGCUCAGCGCAAGGUGCACGAUGCGAUUAUGUCGUCCAAGGUUGCACGCAAUGCUUCCAAGGCUGGAGGCCUACUGGACUUGCUGCAUACAGUUACUCAAGCGUCAAGGAUCUGCAAUCAUCCCUGUCUGUUGGCCACACACCCUUACAGUUCUUCCGCUUUCAUCCAAACUCUGGCCAGUUUAUAUACUCAUAGAGAGCCAAGACCUGGUCCUUUUGUUUUUGAUGCGAGAUUGGACACAGACAGCCGUACAAGAUCCGCAGGUCUGCUCUACUCGACGCCAUCUGCCGUGCUGAAGGCUGUUCACCAGCUUAGGGACUCUGAACUCUCAGAAAUUACUCUUCAGGGCUUUCAACUUGCCAGCCUGUUGAAGGAUCCGCCUGAUAUCCGGGAACGUGUCGCUUUCCUUGCACCCACAAAACAACAGCUGGAAAUUACACUUUUCCCAAAGAAUACGAAAGAAAACACUCAGCCAAAACCAACUCCACCGUCACCGGUACCUAGUGAUCUCUUCAAUGGUGGUAUCCACUACAGCCCUGUUCGUAGUCGAUCAAACUUUGUUAUGAACGGCCAAGUCAGCUCUGUGAAAAUGGGCUUAAAAGUGAACACACCACUAACAAAUGGGCUGCCUGAAUUACCAACAGUUCAUUUGGAUUUCACUAGCAUCCCUGUGCGGUUCAAACGCCCAAGGAUUUCAGAGAAAUUUCCUGCUGAAUCGCCGGUCAAACGGUGCCGGUUUGACGAUGUUCCCCUUACCCCCAUAGUGGAUCUUCCCAAUCAACCUUCGACUGACUCAAAAAGAACAACUACUGUUGACCGCCACUUAAGACCCAUUGUCUGCAAGACGCCAUUCCUUGGUCCGGAAGUCCUCAACGUUUUAAAUAAGGAAGUUACUGGACCCAAAACAUCUACUGGCGCCGCAAAAACUCAUAAGGAAGGUGACCUUCCUUCCACUGACAGGCGUUCAUCCAAUCCGUCUGUGCUCCACCGACGAACCUGUGAUUCUAUGCAAACAACUCAAAAUUCGGCCUCCCAGCAACCAGCGGAUGACCGGCAAGGUGGAUUUAAUCCCUCGAUUCGUGUGGACGGCUUGCUGCGUGAUAACACACGGCGCUGUACUCAACUCACCGGAUUCGCGGACUGGUGUUCGGCCGCCACUUUCAAUUUGCUUCGCUUGGAUCGAACUUAUUUUAAUCAACCUCCCUCCAAUCAGUCCUCUGAACCCUUCGGUUUCACAGCCCUAACGAAUCUGAUGGAAACGAUUAAGCCGAUGCUGUUGUAUAUAUCACAGAUUUCUAGCCUCGGUUUAUUGUGUUCACGGCCUCGAGUUAUCGCCUUACCUCCACGCAUCUUCACUCUGAAAAGUGGUUGUGUAUCCUCGCUCGGUUGUCAAGCCUACACAGAGACCUCCCAGUCCAGUUCACUUUUCUCCACGCAAUCUUUGUACCCGUUUUCCGAGCCUGCUCGUUGGCUUUCCCCUGAUAUUCCCUCCCAGUUUCCACUUAAUCGCUCACACGCAAUUACCGAUGCAUUUAACUCGUCAGAAUCCACCCCUCUUGGUCGUCUGUUUUCAGAAUCAGGUAAAUUUUUCAGUCUUCAUUGUCUGCUUGGCGAAUUUCUUGGUGCCAAAUCCAAACCGCGUCCUCGCUGCGUAUAUCUCUUGGCUCAUCGCUCCGCAUUUCUGAAUCUCCUGGAGGCAUAUUUAGCCAUCUCACCCUGGCGAAUGUGUUCUCGAGUCCGCCUCCCCAGCAGUUUUGAAGCUGUCAAUACACAGUCGGAUCUUCUCAUAGACCAUAUCAAUGCUUGGCCUCGUGGUACACGUGGACCGCUUUUGGUGCUCAUGCACUCCCGAAGUCCGACCACUUGCCUUACUGGACUCAAGGCCGGCCCAGAUACACUUGUCAUUAUCUGCGACGUGGACUUACGGGCUGAUUCUGUGGAUAACGUCCGUGCGCUUUUUCCCCCGAAAUGCAACACUUUUGCCAGUCAUACCACCACACUCUUAUUAACGGCUGACAGCACUCGAAAGUUGAAUUCCGUCAUUAAAGACGUGGCUAUCGACUCAUCCCAAAAGUUAUUUCUCCCUUCCAGCAUACAUAGCUGGACAUUGAAUGGUCUGGUCGACCAUGCUCACCAAGAGGAUAAGGCCGAUGGUCUUAGUCCCUCCGUGCAGAUCUACCGACUCGUGUCCGUCGGAUUGCCGAACCGCUCCGGUCUAUGUCCAAGCGUUGAGGCUUGUUUAUCUCGCGAGUUUGCUUGUCGCCUUCUUCCGGAAGCCGUGUUUCAAGCUCAUAGCUCCGCACCCAGUGACUGUCAUUCCUUGCUUGUUGCUCGUGUCCAACCCAAUGUGGUCAGUGCGUUCCUGUCUAACCGCGUUCCCUACGAACCAGAUCCCAUUGUUUUUGGUGCUUCAUACAAAGGGCUUGAAUCGGAACAUGGAUCCUUGUUGUCAAUAAAGCAGGAACCACCUCCAUACUCAUCUGCAUCAUCCGUUACCUCUUCCUCUUCUUAUCCCUUCUUCGACUACCAACGAGAUAAAUCACGCGAACUGGGAGAACUUCAAAAUACCUUCCAAGAGCGCGAGCCUCUUUGCGAACACUUGCUUAACCGCGCACUGGAACUUUUCGAGGAUCCAGUCGACACGCAGGUCUGGUGCUGUGCCUCUGCCGAACAGACUUCGAUUUCCCGAACGAUUUUCGACAAAUCCUCGCAGAAUGAACAACCAGACCCUCAGUUCGGGGACGAAGAUGAUCGCCUUUGGGAACCCUACCUUCACCCGCGUGAUGUAUUUCUCUUAGAACCCUCUUUUGCCACCGAAUGCCAACACUUGCCGGCUGAUUUCUCCGGAGAGUUGGGGUAUUCCGACAAAACUUGUUGGGAGGUGGCUCAUCAUGAGGCGUCCGAAUACCUUUCUCAGCUUGAGUUCCUCAUUUGUCGUUCCAAUGAAGCGUUUUUCUGCUACCACGCUCUUGCACCAGAUGUACCGGACGCAUCCGAUCACGUGGAACAACUUUGGACUAAAGACACAGAGGUUCCCUGUACAGAGGAUUGGCCAUUACCUCUCACAGAGGCUAGUUUAUGGGAACCGUUUGCUCGAUUUCAAGCGACUGAGUCAUCCAAAUCGAAGGCCGAUGUCUGUGCUACUCCUUCAACUGUCUUCCACUUGGGUGAUGAAGAGCCUUCGGUGUUUGUUACACCAUCAACGGCUCUCGAGGACCGAAGUCCUGGCCUACUGCUCACUCGUUCGCAGCCAGUGGAUGAUUCUGAAUGGGGCUACGAGACGGACCCCAUGUCCGAACAUGAGUUACCGCCAGUGACACAGGUCGUAAUUACUCCGACAGCCCCUACACCCACUCCAGCCAUCUCCAACCCUCAGGGAUUGAAGCGAAGCGCUCCACCCGACUGUGACAUUGACAUUAGCAAAUCUCUGCGCUACAGCAAUUCUUUCUCCACAAACAGUGCAUAUACUCGUUCUUAUUUGAAACGUCGGAGACUCACUGGCGCUGGGGCUUACCGAAAACACUUAUCUACCCUUUCCCAACCACUUGCGCCUACUUCAGACAGUCAUUUAGAACAGUCCUUGUGCGCUGCUGCAGACAGCGAUUCAUCAUUGUUACCUCCUCCAUCGCCUUCUUCGAAGACAUCUUUGCGAGAUGCGGUCCCUGUGACGCGUCCCAGCUACAUGCAACCGACUGCCAGUCCGCAACAUGUACCUGCUGGCACUAGUGUUCAUGGUGGAACUGGGGGUUUGGGAAGUUCUGGUGGAGUGACGCUAUUUCUUAAUCAUUCGGGCUCUGGAGGUUCCAACCACCCCAAAUUGCAUAUCCCCCGCGCCAACUACAACAAAGACUUCACGAACUCACGUUCGGGGCGACAUCGUCGUUCUACUGCUGUUUCCACAACUGGAACUGCUAGUGCUGGUGGAGCAGCUGCUGUUGCCGCCUUGGCCACAGGUUCGCAUCUGCCCCAGCCCUCAGCUUCAAAGAGUGCUGUCUAUCACUUUCAGGCUUCUUCAGGAAACCUCAGUCCUUUCUCGAAUCCUGCUAUUCUGGCCAGGUACGGCCAUACGUCUCCUGGACGAUGUGGACCUUCAAUCGCAAAUUCGCAGGCAAGUCUUCCCCCAGCCUUACGGUAUGGACCUAAUGGCGCGACCACAACCGCAGCCGGUGGCUUGAGCAAUUCCGCGGGCUCCUUGUCUAGUGUCGCUGGUUCGCAAGCAACCGGACACCUUCAUGUUGGAAAACCCCUAGAGUGGCACGUGAAUGAGGAGGCUGCUUUGUACCAGGUUAGUUCAUUUUGCCGCGUUUGUAAGGAUAUUCUGCCGUACAACGCACAAGCACUCUAUGUAGCUUUCCUUUCCUUUAAGAGCAUUGUCAAGCUGCAAGAACUACCGUUCGAUUCAAAUUGUGGUGUGCCACCAAACUCCGCCCUAUCCCCGAACUUCCGUCUGGCGGAGUUUUUUAUCAACAACUUCUUUCCAACGCGUGGUUAUCGCGGAGCCCGUCAGUGUCUACUGAUGCAUACCAGAAUGCUGACGAUUAUAAAUACUGCAAUAGCCACACUGUCUUCAAACGUUGGUUCACACAUUCCAGUCGGCAAUAGUGGUCUUCCAGAGGAUGCUGCGAUCUCUACUCCUGUGUCCACUGCUGCCAAUAUUGUCCACAGUCAGAGCAGUCGGAAAGUGAAAAAUAAGCUGAAAAGCUCCGCAGCGGUGGCUGCGGCUGCUGCAAACCUUGGCCUGAGUCCUCAGCCAUCGGGGGUUGGAUCCCAAGCAAAUGACCCGAAUUGCGACAGUAUGACAGCAGUCAAUCGAUACCGAACUUAUUUGUCUUUCCAAGAGUACUUUAUACUCCCUUCGCCUGUCUCUUGUCAGCAUCUCCGAUUAUCCCCCUUGGAUGCCGAUCUCCAUACAUCUGCGUCUGAUGCAUCCGGCUCACAGAUCCCGCCUCAGUUAACACAACUCAUCAGUACCAUGAAAAAUGACGAUGAAGCCCAGUCCAAAAUCCUCCGGAAGGUAAUCAAGGACUCAUUUGCCCCGCCACCAGCCAUGACACCUGCUCAACCCCAUAGACCGUCAAGUUCAAGGCGUCAGCAAGCUCCGGGUGCUGGUUCUCCUGGACCUGGCUUCCACUCCGGGGGAGCAGCACUAACCGGCUCCCCUGGACCUUCAGGAAGUCUUUAUACCUAUCCGGCUACUACUUCACAUCCUGCUUCGUCGAGCUCCUUCCCAACCUCAACUGGACACGGUAGUUACCCAAUCACAGGCCCCUCCCCAGCCCUACUUACUCAUCAUCGACAUCAUCAUCACAGACAAUCUUCGUGUGACCAUACGCCCAGCUCUCAAGCAAGUACGUCAGCGACUGACGGCUCAGUUCCUAGUCAACCAACUUCUUUUUCAAGCACAUCUUCAUGUCACACCGGGCCAAUGAUACAGAAAAAUCCCACGCAUAUUGCUGCUCUACAAGAGCACAAUAUCAAUCCCGAUACUCUCAUCACACCAGCCAUGGUGAUUAAAAACAAGGAGGAGCGCGAGGCCCGUUUACUGGCUGAGUCCAUUUCAUCCAACUCUCAAACUCCUCAUAUGUCUCCAUCCGCUGCUGGUUUGCCGGUGACAACUGCGGUUCUCAGUCUUCCGUCUAGUCUUCAACCAGCCACUAGCUUGGCAUCUCAUCAGGCGCCACUGAGUUUCUAUUCUCAUUCUCAGGACGCGACCGCUCAUCCUUCUGUGUUACUGUCCCUCCCACUAGAAACAACUGCAGCUGGAAGUGGGACAGUUGUGACCUCCUCCCUUUCCUUGAAUCUUACAGGAAGUCCGUUGUCUUUUUCACAUCCGAGUCAGCGUGGCACCAGUUUUGUUACAAUCGUCUCAUCCAAUCCAACAAUGCUCCGGCGUUCAGCGACAUUUACUUCCGUCACUGUGAGCAACCAGUUCACUGACACGCUUAGCACCCGCGUGUCCCCGUUCCAGUCUAACCCAGGGCAAAGCACGGUUGUCGGUUUAAGCAGUGCCCCUCUUAGUACACAAAUGGGAAAAGCUUCGGUCCAGUCAGGUUAUUUUCUCCAACGACCUCAGUUUUUGUCCAGCAACACCUCUAUCUCUCCGUCAUCGGCACGUGGCAUCUUCACCACACUGUCUGGGGUUUCCGGAACCACGGGUUUGCCAGGUGGUGGGGGUUUCGGAUCUGGAUUGGCACCCGUGCCACAAAUUUUGCGACCACGAAACACGCUUCGUGGCUCCGUCAUCCAGCCCACCUUCGUGAGGGCCAUCACAGCCACGAGCACUUCAAGUUUCCCGAUAUCCCAUAUGGGCACUCGCUUGGCUUCCAGUAGCAGUGGCUUCCUUCAUGGUCGUGUUACACUGUCAGUACCCUCCUGCCCUCUUCCGAGUGUGCUCACUUCUCGACCGAAUCAAUCCGUUCGCCAUCAGUCACCUACCAUUUUUCAGCAGGUUCGCCCCGGCGCCCAAAGCCAACUGGGUUCAUUCAGCUACGGCUAUCAAUUUUCCGGCGGUGAACCUCGUUCUUUUACGAGUCAGCUGCAAGGAUCUACCCAGCCUAUCAGCCCCAGUAUAUCCGGCUCCAGUGCUGUCACAACCACCAGCAGUAGUGUAUCGAUAUUUGAAUCGGCUAGUAGCAGACAGUCGGAAGCCGAUCCUUUUGUUCAGUCAAGGUUUCGUCCCCAGCCAACACCCUAACGGUUGUAUACUCGUUUAUCUCCUUCCAAAACCAGCAUACGAUUCUCCCUUUCACAAAACAUUCUCCACUUCCCACCUUACUGAUCGUGAUCAUCCACUUGAUACUCUCAACAGGUACCAAUCAAUCACCGGUUCACUAUCAUCAUUGUAUAUUUUCACAGUCACAUUGGUUAUCGGUGAUACAGUUGUAAAAUACAUUCAUUCACAUUUUGUCUCCAUC